GUCUACUAGGAAGACUCGCACGACGACGGCGACGGCGGCGGCGCGGGCGUCGUGACGUCACGGGGCGGGCCGGCGGCGCAGGCGUAGUGCGUCACGGGCGGCCUGGCAGCUGGCGGCGCAGAAGUGGACGCGUCUAGAGGGCAAUCUGACCGCGGAGUCGGGGCUUGCUUUGGGGGCAUGAGCCGAGGGGACUACGCCGAGGUGACGAGUAUUUCGUAGAGAUUGAUGGAAGCAGAAACCAAAACUCUUCCCCUGGAGAAUGCGUCCAUCCUUUCGGAGGGUUCCCUACAGGAAGGGCACCGGUUAUGGAUUGGCAACCUGGACCCCAAAAUCACAGAAUACCACCUUCUCAAGCUCCUGCAGAGGUUUGGCACGGUGAAGCAGUUCGACUUCCUCUUCCACAAGUCAGGUGCUUUGGAGGGACAGCCUCGAGGGUACUGUUUCGUUAACUUUGAAACUAAGCAGGAAGCAGAACAAGCCAUCCAGUGUCUCAAUGGCAAGCUGGCUCUGUCCAAGAAGCUGGUGGUGCGAUGGGCACACGCGCAAGUGAAGAGAUACGAUCAUAACAAGAAUGAUAAGGUCCUUCCAAUUAGUCUUGAGCCAUCCUCAAGCACUGAGCCCGCUCAGUCUAACCUAAGUGUCACUGCAAAGAUAAAAGCCAUUGAAGCAAAGCUGAAAAUGAUGGCAGAAAACCCAGAUGCAGAGUAUCCAGCAGCACCUGUUUAUUCCUACUUCAAGCCACCAGAUAAAAAAAGGACUAUGCCUUAUUCUAGAACAGCUUGGAAAUCUCGAAGAUGAUGGUUAUGAAUUACCAUAACAGCAAAAGCAAAUUGGUCUCCACACCUGAAAUCCUCUGCCUUUGUGCUUGUAGCUGUGAAUGGUACUAUCCGACAGAGCACAGUCACAUGUUAGAAUUUGGUAACAUAACGUCUUUGGAUGUUCUUAUGGAUGUUUCUCCCCUGAAGUAUGUGUGGAAUUGAGCAUCAUCCAGAAUAAAUAGGAUUGUAUCCAAAACUGUGAUUUGAACACUGGGAUGCUCUAGUUGACUGGUUUGUUUGGAUUUGUAACUCCAGAAACAUUAUAUAGUAUGCCAGAGAGAAAGGCAAACAUAAAAAAUGUUACUAUUUAAAUCAGGAAACUUAAGUUAUUAAUAUCCAUCUUAAAAAAAAAAAAACAUUUUUCUGUACUCAAGUGUCUUUACAACAUAAAGAAGAAGUAAAAGACAGGGAAGGAAGUGAGAGAUUUUUGAAUCAUGUUCAGAACUGCUGUUCCAGAAUUCUCUAUGGAAAUCCCUCCAACUGGACUAAAAGAAAAGGUUCUUGGCAAAAAGAGCUGUUUCUCUGAGCAAAUGUUGGGGUAAUUGUUUAAGAAUUAUGCUUAUUGUUUCAAAAUCCCAACUCAGAAAACGUGUGUAUCUUAAAAAAUUGUUUGCAUUGACAAAACUGUAGAAUGAAAUUUAGCAUUUUAUACCACAGUGGAAGUUCUGUUUGGAAAUCCAGUUUUUCUACUGGAAUCAUUUUUUAAGAAUCUAAAUAAUCCUGCCUCUAUAAUACCAAAUGUCAUUAUGAAUAUGGGACUUUUAAAAUUGCAUUUAUUGCAUGAGAUUGUUUUUAAUAGCAUGAGGAUGUUCUAUUUGGAAUUGUAUCAUGGUCAGUCUAAAUAGAAAAGCAAAAUUUCUUUGAAAACUUAAACAUUGCUAUAUUGAUCUCUAACAGACAUAUUAUUUAUUAAUAAUUGUGUAGAGGUCUGAGUAGAAGAAAUCAAAUUCUCUUAUGCGGAGUGAGGUGGGGACAUGCAGUGGACACAGAAAGUCAAUGGAGCAGGCACUGCUCUGGCACCGAGAUUGUAAUGACCUCAUGUUUUAUGUGGUUUUUAAAGGCUUGAAAGACUGCAUGACUUUAAAACGAUUCUUCAUGUGUAGAACCUACUUCUCCCCGGAUAUUUUUUGCCUCUGUGAACAUUUUAAAUAUAACAAUAGAGAAAGAAAAAGAAAUCAACAGAUUUGGGAGUGUGUUUCUGUCAGCAGUGUUGGUUGGUCAUUUUGGUGCAAGGUUGACAGACUGUUUCAUUGGGCAGCACCGUUGCUUCUUUACCAGGUAAAUCAUUUUGUUACCCAACGUGCCACUCUUAGUGAGUACAGACUGUUUACCGUCAUUUUUCCUAGCAAGAGGAAGCUUUCAUUAUAGGAACUUAAGUCUUCCUAUGAGCAUAAAUGAAUUUAAGACACUUGAACCAAAACUUCAGCAUAGUGAGGUUUCAGAAUUCACAGAACUGGUUCAGAGAAAUUCUUAUCACCUUUCCCAAGGUAAAACUUUUCAGAUAUCUUUAAAUGUUAAAUACCUCCUGCGUUUAUGAGCUCAGUCUAAGAUGCAAGUAACUCUCUUUCCAUUUGGGGGAUAGGUCAGGGAGGUAGGAGCAUUAUCUCCCAUUUUUCUGGUGACUUCUGAGAGCAUAGAAUUCACCGUUUUAUCCUUAAGUCCUCAGAGAGUUAUGGUGGAGUAGGACUUAUUUAAUGCAAAAUAGUCUUCUAUUUUUAAUAGGAACUUAGAAAAUACUUAACUUUGAAUUAUCUAGAAUUGUUUCCUUUAGAAACCAGAGCUAUUUAUUUGUAUUUAAAGCAAUGUUUGUUAUUUGUACCGAUUCUUAUUCCUCUGUGUGAAUAAAUGCAAGACAGUGUCUGCGGCUGUGUCUUCUCUCGUCCAUCUCCUGCAGUGAAGACCACGGCUCUCGGGGAGGCUUGUUUCCCCUCAGGACGUGGGCCAGUGUGUCCAGGCGGGGUGCUGUUUCUAAGUGCCUUCUCAGACCUCAGAGGCAGUUCUGUCCACCUUUUCUGCCUGCCUACUUCUGUUAGAGAUGAGAAAAGAGACUAGCUGUUCUCACUAUAAAUCUAUUUGAAAAGAAGUUGUUAAUGGAAGUCCCCUGAAGUAUCAUAAUGUGCUUAGGCCCUCUUUCACAGUAGGGGUUUCAAAAGAAUAAAUGUGUGUGUCAUAAAUAUGCUGAAAGCGGUUUGAUGAAACGCUUGUAAAAUAUAAGUGUUAACUUGGUCAACUGUUAUGAAGUUACCUGUACUUUAAAAUUAUUUAUUGGUUUACUGUUUUGCUAAAAUUAAGUCACAAUUUUGAUUUAUACAAGAGUGAAGAACUGAGGGAAAUAUCUUCUUAAUCUCAGCUCCUAUUUUAUCAAAUGCAAACUAUAACCCUACCCAGCUGAUUUUCUGUAAUUGGCAUCUCAGUAUUAGGGAAAAGAAUCACAUGAGGAAAGAUUUUUCAAAGCAUAUCAAAAAUCAACAGCCAAAGUUUUUAAAACCAGGUAUUCUAGAGCUGUCCCUUGUCUAUUAAGGUAUGUACAGUUAAUUUCUAAAUCACCAAAUACAUCUGUGUUUUUUUAAUACUACUAUAUAAAAGAAUAGGAUUAAUUCUUACCUUACAAGUUAAUGUUAAAUAUUUCCUUUAUGUAAUCAUUAUGUUCCUAAAACAUGAUUUGAUUCCAUCAUAUUUAUCCUUGAUUUCUCUUUUUCUCUUCUGCUCCUCCUACCCAGUCCUCCAACAAAUCCUGCCAAGUCUACUUUCAAAAUACGUCUUGAAAAAACAAAGAAAAAGUCUUGAAUCCAAGCACUUUCACCACGUUUCAGCGCUACCAUUUUUGUUCAAGCCAUUGUCAUCUCUUGCCUGGGCUGUUGCAGUACCUUCCUAAUUAUCUCCCUGCCUCCACAGUAGCCAAAGCUAUCCUCUCCAAAUCUGAGUGUGCCAUUCCCUUCUCAAGGGCUUUCCAUCACACCUAGAAUAAAAUCCAAAGACCUAAAUCCAAAGGCCCUAAAUGACCUGUCGCUGACAACCUACCUGACCCUACAGCCUAUUUAUCCCUUUUGUUCACUGUGCUCCAGCCACACUGGCCUUGCUAUUCUUUGAGUACAGGGAGCUCCUGCCACGAGGCCUUGGCAUUGGCUGUUCACAGAGCCCACACUCCCUCAUUUGUUCAAGUCUCCAUUCGAAGGUCAAUGUCCAAGAGGCUACCUGACCUCCCUUUCUAAAAGCACAGCCCUGUCACUUCCUAAUCCUUUUCCCCUUCUUUAUUUUCUAAAUAGCCCUUAUCACUACCCAACAUCGUAUACAAACUCAUUUUCUCUCUUUUUCUUUUUUUUUCCAUUAGAAUGUAAGUUCUAUGGGAACAGGAGCUUCUAUUCACUGCUAUGUCCCCAACAUUGAAAACAAUGCCGGGUAUGUAUAGAUGCCUAAUAAAUAUUUGUUGAUGAAAAA